UUUCAAUGUAUUAAUCGAGUAAUUGAUUUGCAAUUUAUGUUUUCAUUUGUUUUUCAUUGAUUAUUGACAACACAUGACUAAAGAAAUGAAAUCAAAUGAUACAAAUGUUACCAUUGAUGUCAAUGAUGUAUUGGAUCAGCUAAUGAUUGAUAAUAAAACACUUGUCAAACAAAUUAAAUUAUAUGAAAAAGUGGUCAAUAUUUUUAUGGAUAAUCUGAAGACUUGUUGUGAAUGUCAACAUAGAAAUCAAUUGAGAGAUAGUUUAGCACAAUAUGAGACCAGUUUGAAGACAUUUACAUAUAAUAAUCCAUUAAAAUCAGUGGUCAGUGAUUGUGAUUACGAUUGCGAUAACAUUUUGACAACUCUUUGGACGACAUCAUCCAAGACAGUCGUUACCAUUGAUGAUGAAGAAGAAGAAGUGGUGAUUAAUAAUAAUAAUAAUAUUAAUAGUAAUUCACAACAAGAUAUGAACCAAAGUCAUGACAAACCAUACACUAAGACAUAUGUAAAGCAAAGACGACUACUUAGAGAAACUUCACGCACCGCUGAUGUCGGCUUCAAAUGUGUUUCAUGUGAUUAUACUAAUACAAAGUUUGCACACUUUGAGGCACACGUCAAUCGAUAUCAUCUCCGUAUUAAACCGUUUAGGUGUCACCCGUGCGACCAGUUUUUCACGGACUUGGAUGCACUGUUCAAACACAAGAAAGGCCUAAAACAUAUCCAGACAAUCAAUGGUAUCAGCAAUUGUACGGAUCAAGUCAGUCAUGAACAACAGCCGUCCACUACUCUAUCUAAUAGACUUGAGAAACUAAUGGAUAAAAUUCAUCAUCAAAAUGGUGUCAAACAAUCUAUGGAUUGGCGACCGCAACAGUUUGAUGUACCCGAGCGGCCAUACAAUUGUGACAAAUGCGGGAAAUCAUAUGCACACAAACAGACACUUUGCAGACACAAACGUGUCGUCCAUCGAUCAACCAGAAGAUGUCCCCGUUAUGUCAAUAAUUAUAGUAAAGAAAGUCGACAUAAGAAUCAAGAAGUGACAGUUGAUAAUGAUAUACAAAAUGUAGGGACGAGUGCUGAUGAUCUACCAGUGCCUAAAAUACCGGAUAAUGUAUCCUUUAAAUUGGAUAAUGUGUUACACAAACGUUCAUCAAAGAGAUCGGUUACCAAAAAACAACGUUAUUAUUAUUAUUGCGAUUUCGAUGGAUGUCAUUAUAGGACUCAUAUUAAACAAGUUCUCGAUACUCAUAAAAAUAGACAUUUAGGUAUUAAAAAUUUUCAAUGUCUUUGGCCGGGAUGUCAGUUUAGGUCUGUCGACAAACAGGGUGUUGACAAACAUCAUGUCGUACACCGCAACCCACCCGACAAUGAGUCUCAAUCAGAUACCAGAUGUAAACUCAUCACACAAUCAGUUGAUGUAUUAGAAAAACUCCUAAACAGUCAUCACUACAAACGCGACGAACCGGAAGACAACUCAAUCAUAAAUUUUGAAAAUAUUGAAAUAAAAACAGAGAAUAUGGACAUAGAUUUGAUUAAAAAUGACGAAUUUAUUUAAAUUAAUUUUUAUUUACUUUUUUGCUUAUAUUAGACUCUACUGUAAAUGACAAAUAAUUUAUUAUGAUAUUA